AUGUCGUGGCUCACUGAGGACGAUCUCGCGACUAGUAAUGCCGAUUUGUUGAAGAAGCUGUCGUACCCACCAAGCAAGGACCACGAUCCGAAACUUGCAAAGGUCGAAGAUGAGAUCCUCGAACACUGGAAGGACUUUUCCCAUUUCUGCAACUAUGUGGCGGACAAAGACCCAGACGCGGGAAAACGCUUCUACGACCUGGACGAGGCCAACUAUUUUGAUCUUAUGGGGGCGGUCACUCGGCCAGGCUUCCGCCCUCACUACGACCGCAUCACUCCGUACCUGGCCCGGGCGAACUUGCGCAUUAAAGAUCUGGAAAUCAUCGCCAUCACGCCCGAGUGCGGCUACGCUACGGCUCAUCAGAACUACUACGGCACUGCGGCCGAUGGUGAGCCAUUCAACUUGACGUACCGAACGACAUCGGUCAUGCGCAAGGUCGACGGCGUCUGGAAAUAUGUACACGAGCAUUAUUCGUUCCCGACUAACAUGGCCACUGGGAAGUCAGACUUUACCAGCGGACUGCGGGUCCAGGAGAAUAUGAGCUUAAAGGAGGGCGAGACUGUUUAG